UAUCCCACUUUUCCUCUCAAAUCAAAUCACAUUGAUCGUCUUCCCAGCUCUGUCGAGAAGUCUCCCUCCGGUCAAUGCCGGCGCCUACUCAGCUCUUUCCCCUCAUCUCCUAAAAUUCUCCGCAACGCAGCGCAACUCAACCGUGAAGGAAAGAAGCAAUCUCUUCCUUCCGAGUUCAGAUAGUUGGAACUCGAGAUAAGGAGGACGAAGUGGAUUACCGCGUGGAGGCUGCGAGGAAUCGGAACCGGCCGGAGAUCGGCGAGGGAUUAGAUGGCCCCCUUCGCUCAGGAGAAGAGCGUGCUUCUCCCGGUCGUUGAUUCUCCUCUUUCCGGCGAUGAGAGCCUCUUCAAAGGCUCCGGGAUGACCAAGAGGGGUGCUCGCGCUGCUCUUUCGUACAUGCUCUGUGCAGUACUUCUGGUGAUGUUCAACAAAGCAGCUUUGUCGUCAUAUAAUUUUCCAUCGGCUAAUGUCAUCACACUUUUACAGAUGAUAUCCUCAACUUCCCUUCUUUUUGUGCUAAAACGUUGGAAGAUCAUCACUUUCAUUGCCAGUGAUCACUGGUCUUCAACCGAGUCCGGAAACUUUGUUCCUCCGAAGAAACUUUUGCAAACGCUUCCCCUUUCUUUGGCGUAUUUGCUAUAUAUGCUUGCAGGGAUGGAGUCUGUGCGUGGAGUAAAUGUUCCCAUGUAUACCACCCUUAGACGCACUACUGUCGUCUUUACAAUGAUUGUGGAGUACCUACUUAUAGGACAGAGGUAUACACUUUCUAUUGUUGGCAGUGUGGUGUUAAUCAUUUUUGGAGCAUUUAUUGCUGGAGCUCGAGACCUAUCCUUUGAUACCUAUGGCUAUGCCAUCGUUUUUCUCUCCAACAUCACAACUGCAAUAUAUCUCGCAACUAUAGCUCGCAUUGGCAAAUCAAGUGGCUUGAACACCUUUGGUCUCAUGUGGUGCAAUGGUCUGGUAUGUGCACCUAUUUUAUUGAUUUGGACACUGAUUCGAGGUGAUUUGGACUCGACCAUCAAUUUUACUUACUUAUAUUCUACAGGAUUCCAG